AGUCUUUCCAGGAUUAAAAGGACAGGUGAAGUAAGCAGAUACAAUUUUAGAGAGUUGUGUGCAAGCAGUGAAGAUCUACAACAGAGCUACUGAAGAAACACCAGGCUUCAGAUUUUUUUUUUUUUUACAGCAACAUCAUGAAGCAGACACAUUUGCUCCUGUAUCUCACUAGUUUAGUACCAGUUGCUUUCUCAUUCCUGAACAGCAUCACUCACAAAUACGACCUGAUCAUGACCCCGAAGUCAUGGCCAGAUGCACAGAAUUACUGCAGGAUGAUGUACAAUGACCUGGCAACAGUCAUAAGUGAUGCUGAUUGGCUAAGACUGAACAAAGAAGCAGCAAGCAAAAGUCUGGCAACACCAGCCUGGGUCGGACUGUAUGAUGAUUACACUAGCUGGCGCUGGGCCCUUAACGAACUCCCGUUGAAGAAUGUCCCUUAUACCAAUUGGUACUCUGGACAACCUAAUAAUGCUGUGCCUGUAGAAACAUGUGUUCUGCUAUCUGGUUCUGCUAAAUGGUUUGAUCUAUUAUGUACAUAUCUAAGAGCCUUCAUAUGCUACAAUGCUAGUUUCAGUGGUCCUGACAAGUUCAUCGGAAUCAAAAGUCUAGUGACCUGGCAUGAAGCUCGGGCUUACUGCCAAACAUAUCACACAGACUUGGCCAGCUCUCUUAACAGCUCAGACCAAAACAUCUUAGGACAAAUAAAGGCUGCCCAGGGGGAUUCCUGGAUUGGCCUAUACAGAGAUGCAUGGAAGUGGUCGGAUGGCACAGUGCUUUCAAACAUCCCUUGGGCUACUGGACAACCAGAUAAUUCUGAGAGAAUUAUGGGGAGCUGUGGAUCAGUUAAUAAUGGUCUGUUCAGUGAUGAACGUUGUACCAACCUGCACUAUUUCUUCUGUCACACCACUGCACGAGUGAGGAGUCAGAUAGUGAAACUGCAGGUGAAGUCUGAUGGGAGUGUGUUUGAUCCUGCUGUGCAGUCGUCCAUUUUAGAGCUGAUAAAGCAAACACUUGAACAAAAGGGCCUGUUGGAAACCACCACAGUGACUUGGAGGGUGCAACCAGAUGGAAGCAUCUAUUACAAGAAAAAAAAGGAGGAGGCUCUCAUUCCAGAUGCUGAUUGUCUAAAUGCUUAAUUCAGCAUUUUCACUUACUCUUUACACUACAACUUAGAUAAUAUCAUUUGCAGUGAAAUUGCAAUCUCAGUGAAACAAGCAAAUACCCAUCAUAUUCACCUUUAAUAUUUUUACAUUUUAAUUACACCAAUAUUUAUGCCUUUCUAAUUCAUCUGUUUAAAUUGAUGAAUUGUACUUAACUAUACUGUACUGUAUAAUCAUUAUUUUAAUUGUACUGUGUUAUUUUAGGUUUUUAGAUUUUAGAUUUUAAUAGACUGCAUAUUGCGAGAACCAAACAAAUUAGUAAACACCAUAUUCUGUUCAACUGUUAAACAGUCUGUUGAACACACUAAUAAUAUUCAGUUGCUUUUAUAGCAAAAUGCUAUAAAAAAAUCAUAUUUACCUCUAAUAUUUUUACAUUUUAUUGAGACCAAUCUUUAUGUCUUUCCAAUUUAUCUGUUUGAAUUGACAUUUUACUUAGCUGUACUGUUGUACUGUGUUAUUUUAGGUUUUUAGAUUUUAUUAGACUGCAAACUGCAAGAACCAAACAAAGUAGUAAACACCAUAUUCUGUUCAAUUGUUAAACACUCUGGUAAUAUUCAAUUUCUUUUACUGUCUAUAUAAUUACGUUAUCUUUUUAUUGCAAAAUUAUUUCAGACCAGAAAUUUCAUACAGUCUGUCUGUGGUGAAUGCACAUCAGCACCAUUUUCAAAUUUAGGCAAUAAAGACUUGUGAACAAGGUGGAAGCAGAGUACAAAGGAAAUAAUGAACUGUUUGCCUGAGGACUUACAGAACACCCAAACUGUUUGCAACACUAAAUAAUUUAUUAUGUUCAAAGUAAUUUUCUUUCAUUAGUGAAUGUUUUUGAACCCUUCCUA